AUGUCAAAGUCCAAGAGAACUCAACGGGAAACCUGGGUGAAAGCCGAACCUCUCAAUCGAAGGUGGACGCAAGAAGAACAUGACUCUGUAACAUCCAUCUACGCUUCCGCUCGGACGCAGCUGGACCAAGACAAAUCAUCACAUGACUCUAAGAGAUCUUUCAGGGGAGUAGGAAAGCUUACAAUCACAUCCCUUCCUGUUGACGGUACAGUUGGAACAAUUCAUCGCACACUGUGUCUCCAAGGAUUUGCACCGAUGAGUGAUUAUGAUCACGAUACUUCAAGCCUUCUAAGAGCACUCCGUGACCACAUUUUGCCAACUUCGACCCCCAUAUCUGCAUGUCGGGUAUACACUAUCCAGCCGGUAGACGUUGACUUCUCUCAAAUUGAAUAUUUUCCGGACCUCCUUCUGAGAACCAUUGUGUGUAUAGCACUCAGGGAAUUAUGUGAACAACAAGGGAUUCACACAGGCUCACAAGCGAGCUACAAGGGCUUUGUCAAGUUACAACCAGAGCCAGAGCCAUUAGCCCCUAAUCAUCUGGAAUCGGUCAUUAUCCCCUCAUCCAGCCUGGAUCUGGGCUCUCACCAUCAAGCACUCUCUUCAGAUACCCUCAUAUAG